AUGUCAGAAAAAGGCAUGGCAACGGCCCCUGAUCCUGAGAUCACAGAUUUAGUGCAUAUCACGAAAGAUGAAGACUCAUCCGAACCGCCCUCUACUUUUGCGGUAAAAAGCAAAGUGCACGGUUGUCUCCAAGUUCUUGGUGCUUUCUUUAUAUUCUUCAAUGUCUGGGGUCUCAACCUCUCAUUUGGAACAUUCCAAAGCUACUAUGCACUCACCUACAUUCCAUCUUCAACAUCAUCUGAUAUCGCCUGGAUUGGAACGAUCCAAUCCUGGCUUUUAAUUGUCGGCGGUCUACUAUCCGGCCCACUAUUCGACCUCGGCUACAAUCAGUCCAUGAUUAUCGUGGGAAGUAUCCUAGGUGUACUCGGGAUGAUGAUGCUCAGUCUUGCGCACGAGUAUUAUGCCAUGUUCCUAAGCCAGGGAGUCUGUGUGGGCAUCGGAUUUGGACUGCUUUAUGUGCCUGCUAUAGCAUUGGUCAGCCGUUCUUUUACAACAAGAAGAGCUGUUGCGCUAGGAAUUUCGAGUAGUGGUGCACCUGUCGGGGGAAUCAUCUACACUAUCUUGUUCAACCAACUAAUAUCGAAAGUGGGGUUCCCUUGGACUGUUCGUGUUAUGGCAUUCCUGAUGCUGGCGCUCUUCAUCGCGGCUGCUAUCUUGCUUUUGGGACCGGACGGACGUGCAGUGAAGGUUAAACCCACCCAACGCAGAAGCCUGAUUGAUUUGCGCGCUUUCAAGGAUUUGCCCUUUUGGAGCUUUGCUAUCGGCAACUUUUUCCUUUACCUUGGUUAUAUCACGCCUUUCUAUUAUAUUCCAACUUAUGCCGAGACGAAAUUGGGCACAUCGCGCUCAAUGGCAUCCAAUGUCUUGAUGAUUUCCCAGGCUUCCUCGGUUAUUGGCCGUGUUGUCUUGACUUUGUUCGCUCACUACUUUGGGUCGAUGAUCGCCUGGAUUGCUUGCGGUAUACUUUCAGGCGUUUUGUGUAUCUGUUGGAUUAGUGCGGACACUGUUGUGCGGUUUAUUCUUUUUGCGGCCUUUUAUGGUAAGUGGAACCCCUUUUCCUAG